GUAAAUUUUGCUCUUCCCACAUGUAAUUUCCUUGAAUUAUUUUACCAAGGUGUAAUUAUCAUGGAUUUACCACCCACAGGCCACAACCUUCACAAUUGACAAUUCAAUGUUUAAAAGAAUAAUAAUUACAGUGACCCAGAAAGUUACCCGCCAAACGAAAGCAGCUGCGGUGAUUUUGAAACUGAGAAUUGGGAAAACUGCGCAUUCCGUGUCGUUUCCGUUUGUCUCCCGAGAAAACAGAAACUUCCUCACCCCCCUUUUCUCGGUAAAAUAACUUUCGUGUUAAAUUUCCAGACAGAAAGUGGUAAAACGACGCGGAAGGAAAGAGAGAGGAUUGAAAGGGAAAUUUUCCAUAACUGCCCCCACAUGACUGUUGUAGUGGUGGUAGUGGCCACAUCUUUUGCUGCUCCAGUUUUGCUUUCUUCUUCUCCUCCUCCUUCCUCCCUCUCCUCUCCCUUUCGCCGGGCCACUCAAAUCCGCCAUGGCUACGCCUAAAAAGGACUGUACGAGCUUGCGGGGAGGAGAAAAGCAAAAGCUGAAUGAUAAAAUUUAAAAAGGGGAGAACCCUUUUCUCGCCUUUUCAUGUCCUUUUGUCUCUUGGCCUUUUCUUCUUCACCCAAAGCAAAAACAAUUCUCAUAUUCUAUUCUAUAUAGUAGCGUUCGCUUGGUUUUGAAACGAGUUUAAGAACACAACAAAUUAGUCCCCUGUGGGAAAGAUCCAAGAGGACGAAAAACGCCAUUUCCUUCCCGAACGUUAAUAUCUUCUCUUCUCCCUUAUCUGUUUCUCUUUUCUUGAUAAGUGGGAUAGCCCUGGUGGGGGGUCGAAUGUAUCUCUCCCUAUCCGCCAUUGUCGUCUCCAUGUGAUCUGUUUUUUCGUAUAGAAGGGAAGAAACCGACAAUGAAGCACAAGGGGAAGCAGCAAUUGCUUCUUCUUCUUCGCUCUCUGGUGCUUGCGCACUUGCCCAUUUGGAUUUUUGUCUCCUUCGACUCAGCUCACGCCGCUCCGGAUGUUAUUCUUCCUUCACCACUUGUUGUUGCUCAAUCUCCUGCUUCGCUACCUGCUAUUCCCAAGGAUUCUACUCCAAUGGCUGCCUUCUCUCCUGGCAGUCAAUUGCAGCUGGGAGUUGAAGCAGGGCACCACAAGCACAUGGAGUUGGACAAGAAAACGCACAUCAUACUUGCUGUUGCUUGCACUAUCAUGGCUGUGAUUAUCUUUCUCUUCGUAUCUGCUGGUUGCAUUUGCUACUGGAAAGUUCUUCGGAAGAGGGAAAAGGCCCAAAAACCAGAUGCGGAGAAAGGGGUCUUGUUCAGUAAAUUCCGUUCCUUGAGGAUGCCUAGCAACAGGGGAUGUGUUCCAUUGAUUGAAUACAAGACACUGGAGAAAGGCACACAAAAUUUUGUAGAGGAGAAUUUGUUGGGUAGGGGUGCAUUUGGACUUGUUUACAAAGCCACUAUGGAUGAUAACUCUGCAGUCGCAGUGAAGAAACUCAAUUGUGCAACUGAAGAUGCGAAAAGAGAGUUUCAGAAUGAGGUGGACUUGUUGAGCAGAUUUCAGCAUCCAAACAUCAUUUCCUUGGUGGGUUACGGUGUUCAUGAGGGUUCUGGAUUCAUUGUCUAUGAGUUGAUGCCUAAUGGGUCACUGGAAGAUCUUUUGCAUGGACCUUCUCGAGGAUCUAAAUUAACUUGGCAUAUGCGGCUGAAAAUCGCUCUUGAUACAGCAAGAGGAUUAGAAUAUUUGCAUGAGUACUGCAAGCCACUAGUGAUCCAUAGAGAUCUGAAAUCAUCCAAUAUCCUCUUGGAUUCCAAUUUCCACGCUAAGCUCUCAGAUUUCGGUUUAGCCGUGGCUGAUAGCACCCAUAAUAAGAACAAGCUUAAACUUUCCGGCACUGUGGGCUACGUUGCUCCCGAGUACAUGCUAGAUGGGGAGUUGACUGAGAAGAGUGAUGUAUAUGCGUUUGGAAUAGUGCUGUUAGAGCUUCUAUUGGGAAGAAGACCCGUCGAGAAACUGGCACCAGCUCAUUGCCAAUCUAUUGUCACAUGGGCCAUGCCUCAGCUAACCAACAGGGACAUGCUCCCAAACAUUGUGGAUCCUGUGAUUAAAGACACCAUUGAUGAGAAGUACCUGUUCCAGGUUGCAGCUGUUGCUGUGCUAUGUGUGCAACCAGAACCCUCGUACCGGCCUCUGAUAACCGACGUGGUGCAUUCGUUGAUACCUCUGCUUCCAGUCGAACUAGGAGGGACGCUUAGGACCACUCAGUCUGCAGUAACUUGCUGAUGAUAAUAAACUGAACUGUUUCUG